UGUUUCUCCCACUUCCAGCUGACCAAUCAGCGCUCAGGAUCGACUCCAGGAAACGCAGUCGUUCUCCAGCACCUGGUCAGCCUGAAGUGGGACAAACAGCUGCUACACCUGAGACAACUUCUGGUUUUCUGAUCGGGGCGCACAGCAGCGAUGGUUUGCGGAGGAUUCAUUUGCACCAAGAAUGCGCUUUCUGCGCUCAACGUCGUUUAUGUUAUGGUGAGUCUGCUGCUGAUCGGGGUGGCUGCCUGGGGGAAAUGGUUCGGCCUGGUCUCCAGCAUCAGCGUGGUGGCGGCGGUCAUCGGAGUGGGCGUCUUCCUGCUGCUGGUGGCCUUCGUGGGGCUUUGCGGCGCCCUGAAGCACCAGCAGGUCCUGCUCUUCUUCUACAUGAUGAUCCUGUUUGUAGUGUUUGUGCUGCAGUUCUCCAUCUCCUGCGCUUGUCUGGCUCUCAACACGGACCAACAGAACCAUCUGCUGGAGGUCGGCUGGAACAAGUCCGAGGUGACUCGGGAAGACGUGGAGAAAACUCUGGACUGCUGCGGCUUCUCUUCUGUUAACCAAACCGGCUCCUGCCCCGCUCGAUGCUUCGCCACCCCGCAGUCCUGCAACAGCUGCUCACAGAUCCUGCAGCAGUACGCCGGUGACGUGCUGCGCUUCGUGGGCGGCAUCGGCCUCUUCUUCAGCUUCACCGAGAUUCUUGGCGUGUGGCUGACCCAUAAGUACAGGAACCUGAAGGACCCGCGAUCGAACCCUGGAGCCUUUCUGUAGCCACUCCGACUGAAAUGAACCCAACAUGCACUGCUGCGAUUCCUGUCUGGAAAUGUUCGUCUAAAUGUGCAGCAAUGGCUGUUUAAUUUGAUUUACUGCAGGAUCUGUUGCAUCCAUCUGAUCAGUGGCCUCUGCUCUUCUGUGUGUUUACCUGUAUAAUAUGUCACCAUCAGUCUCUAUUUAAGCUCUUCGUUGUUUUUCCUGUUGGAGUUUAAAGUGGAAAUGAAGUUUGAUGCACACCGUCCCUCUGGUUGAAAAGAAAACUAAUUCCUCUGAAAGCAGUGAAAUCUAUUUUCUCUGCAGGUUUUUAAAGUGAUUUGUUGUUUAAAACUGUGAAGGAAUAAAUGAAGAACUAAAGAUC